CAGGCGGGCUAGCUAGUAAGUAGAUUUGGAAGAGCUAGAGCCUCAUCAGUCAGUCCUGCGUCCUCGAGGGCCGAGCCAUGGCCGGCCUCGUCGCCAUCCUCCGCCAGCUCGGGGAUCUUGCAGAGCUUGCCGCGGAGGUGUUCCACGACCUGCACGAUCAAGUCAUGGCCGCGUCCGCACGAGGGCGCCGACUCGCGCUGCGAGCGAAGCAGCUGGAGGCGGACCUGCCGCCCAUCGAGAAAGAUAGAGAACGCCACUGCCUAGAGAACGCUGCUGCUUCCAACACCGACCGCGUCGACUGGCACGCAGAUCCCAAGGUGAGCCAUGGUGUUGUGGCGGCAGGAGGCAUGCCAUGCUUCAUCGCAGAAUGCAUCGACCGGUGCCGCGGACCUCCGAGGCUGUUCAUGCUUGACAGGUUCGCUGCUCAAGGCGAGGGAGCAUGCUUGAGGAGGUAUACGGAUCCUUCCUUCUUCAGGACCCACUCUGCCAAGCUUCAGGAAGGCACUCUCAGAGCAAAUAGAGAUCUCAAACCCAUGGAAAAUAGACAAAAGCUUCAGAAUGCAGAGAACCCAAAGCCUCCAAAGUCAGCCCAUACUGAUUCCAAGUUCGAAACAGAUGCAUCUAAAAAGGCUUCUCUGGGAUUCCUUUCAAUGCUCCGACAGCUGAAACAUCGACAGAUCAAUGGAUCCGUCUUCACAAGCCUCAAACCUCAAAUGCAGCAAAACAUUCAGAAGUAUGAAUCGUCACCAGAAGAGAAACCUUCCUCCGUUGAUCACUCUGAAAUAGACAUGUCUCUCACCAGUUCACCAGACUUCAACAUUGGAACUGGAAACAUUGCAAUAGAUGCUUCAACUGCCAUUGAGAAGGCCAAGGAUAACCACCAAGGCACUGUGCGAUUUGAAUAUUACUCAUCAGGUGCCGGUUCAGACAACGGGGGAAAUUGCAAUGAGCUGGAGAGGACUAGUUCUUUCAAGGCAUGGCUCUCUCCAGAUCCUCGCUUUACUCCUGAGCAUGAGCAUGGAAUUAUAGAAGAAGCAUCUCAUGGUACUUCUGAAGCAUGUGUCAGCAAUGCCAUUACAUCAAACGCUGCUCCUAGUAGUGCCAAGAAGGCUAAGCAGAAUCCCAACAACGCUGUAGAAAUAUCCUACAAGAAGGGUGUGGGUAAGAGGUCCAAGUAUAAAGGCAGGGUUGAGAUUAUCGCCUCGAGAGUUUGCAGUUUGCCGAGGAAGCUCUUCAUGAAGCAGCAGCACGAUCCACUCGAGCCUGCGCAAGCUGCUGUGCCUACUGAAACUGACAGUGCCCGAUCAUGGCGUUCUGACGGAGUUGUCCUCUGGAGUAACGGAGACUGGUGCUCGCUGGAUGUAGCAUGUCCAAGUUUCCGGGAGCAACUGUUUGGACGUGCAAGUGACGUGCUUUUAUCUCCCGAUCAUUGUGAGGCAUAUCGUCCUGAUAGCAUGGACCCAGGUGCUGAAGCCAGCAUCACCAGUUGCAACCCUGAAGCCAGCCCAAACGAGGCUUUUCCACCUCUAUUGAUUACUAAUCCGGUAUUCAGUGGAGUUGAUUCUGUGGCAGAAAGUGAACAAUGCUAUUUAGACCAUGAAAGUACUACUAGACUGCAAAGCACGAGAGGUCCAUCUUAUAAUGCAUCGGUAGAUGCAGAAAUACAUCACCAACAGAAUGGUCCUUCCAUUUCAAAUCAGUGCAGCACUCCAGAAAUUUAUGAAGAGCCUUCAUCUACACCUGAUUCCAAAAAAAUGUUGUCGCCGAGCAUGAAAGGUUCUGUGUGUAUGAUUAACGGGCCACUGCAUGAGCCAACUACUGUGCUGCCUGAAAAUUCUUGUUCUGACGGUACCAGAGCUGUCGUACCGCCACUUCCACCUAUUCCUCCAAUGCAGUGGCUGUCAGUCAAGGUUCAUACAGGACCUGGAGCUGCAUCUCCUAAACCUAGAACACUCUGGACAAAAUCACCAGAGGUAAACCAUGCAGAUAUGAGCCAUUCUUUGCAAUCAGUCAGAACGCAGGAGGCUGAAAUGAUUCAGGCCAGAAGCCAGCAUAGCCGCAGCAGCCAGACUUCAGAGACGAAAAUGGCACAUGCAUUGGAUUGUAAUGAGAAUGCUAAUCCUGAUGUGUCCCAUAGACAUGGAAUCAGUAGGGAUCCACUUCUUAACAAAGAUUAUGAGGAAAUUAUUCGUCGACAAUCAUUCAGAAAAGGCAAAAUUCUGAAGACUACUGAGUUCCCUGAACUUACACUACUUUCAGACGAGGCUUUGUCUGAACUUGCAGAGAUAGACACACAGCCACAAGCAGAGACACGGUUGCGAGAAGAGUGCAGUAGUAAUCUGCAUAAAGAAAAUGUGUUCUUUUCUGCGGUAGAACAGCUUGCGAAAAUGUCACCUCCUUCGGUACCAAGGCCCAAAUAUUCGCUGCUUGAGGUUGCACCUCAUGACAGAAUCUCGCUAAGGAACGGUUCAAGUAUGAUCCACCCUUCAAGAAAUAUAUUGGACAGCAGGAGUGUACUGCUAGAACAGAUAAAGAACAAGGUAUCUUUCAGUCUGAAGCCAGUUUCUGGAAUGAGCUCAACUGUGAUGGGUAGUCCUACCAACUCGAGGGUGGCGACCAUUCUGCAGAGGGCAGAUGACAUUCGUCAGGCUCACGCGGACGGCAACGACGUCGGCGGUGAGGAUAGCUGGAGCGACAGUGAUUGA